CCCGCCCCACAGAGAAUCGGGCUCACGCCAUCUUGCCCCCCCGUCCGCGCCCAGCCACCCUUUCCCUUUAGACUCUCUCAGCCCCCUACCCCGCCCCUUUCCAAGCGUGUCCCGGGCCGCCGCCGCAGAAACCGCACCAUCUCUAUCCCCACAUUCUCCACGCGGGACGCGCAGCCGGGUCUACAAGUGUUCUUAGAACAGAGACGCGCUAUCUGGAAUAAGGCCAGCAAGUGACCUGUCCAUUUAAGCCACAGAUGAAUAACACUGCAGCCAGCCCAAUGUCUACUGCCACUUCAAGUAGUGGAAGAAGUACAGGGAAGUCUGUAAGCUUUGCAGCAGAAUUGCAGAGUAUGAUGUUUUCUCUAGGUGAUUCUAGGAGGCCUCUUCAUGAAACAGCAGUUUUGGUAGAAGAUGUAGUACACACUCAGUUAAUUAACCUGUUACAGCAAGCUGCUGAAGUUUCUCAGCUCCGGGGAGCAAGGGUAAUCUCUGCUGAAGAUCUUCUGUUUUUGAUACGCAAAGAUAAGAAAAAACUUAGAAGACUGCUAAAAUACAUGUUUUUCCGAGACUACAAAUCAAAGAUUGUCAAAGGCAUCGACGAGGAUGAUCUUCUGGAAGACAAAUUGAGUGGCAGUAAUAAUGCGAACAAAAGACAAAAAAUCGCUCAAGACUUUCUCAACUCCAUUGACCAAACAGGAGAACUCUUGGCAAUGUUUGAAGAUGAUGAAAUUGAUGAAGUUAAACAAGAAAGAAUGGAGAGAGCAGAAAGACAAACUCGAAUUAUGGAUUCAGCUCAAUAUGCAGAAUUCUGUGAAAGUCGACAGUUAAGUUUCUCCAAAAAAGCCUCCAAAUUUCGAGACUGGUUGGACUGCAGCAGUUUGGAGAUAAAGCCCAAUGUUGUCGCUGUGGAAAUUUUAGCAUAUUUAGCGUACGAAACUGUGGCACAGUUAGUGGAUCUGGCUCUUCUUGUGAGGCAGGACAUGGUAACCAAGGCAGGAGACCCCUUCAGCCAUGCCAUUUCUGCCACCUUCAUUCAGUAUCACAGCUCUGCUGAGGGGUCUUGCCUAAGGUCCUACCCAGACUCUCCUGAGAACACACCUCCUCCUACACCGAGCACUCCAUCAUCUGGAUCACAGCUCUCAGGGAGAACCACAUCAGGAUCCCUAGGGAAUGGGAGUGCUGGACAAGACUCAGCUAAAACCAAACAAAGGAAGAGAAAAAAGAGCACUGCGGCCUGUGGUGUUGAGGCUCACAGCGAUGCCAUCCAGCCCUGCCACAUCAGAGAGGCCGUUCGACGCUACGGCCACAAGAUUGGCCCCCUUUCCCCAUUCACAAGUGCCUACCGCAGGAAUGGGAUGGCUUUUCUGGCCUGCUGAUGUGACUGUGACUGAGACAACAGGAAAGGCAGUGUUAUAUUAAGGUGAUUUCUGUUCCCCUCCUUGGGCAAAAUAAAAGACAAGUUUACCUUCUCCGCAUCCUUGGGAGUGGGUUGGUUUGUUGUGACUAUCAACUGGCUGACUCCAGCCCUUUUCCAGCCCCCUCAACGCUUAGUCUUGUUUACUAGAUGGGCCAUUUAGCCAAUUAAUGGCAGGAUGUUUGGGAUGGUGUGUAGGUGGACAAGAAUGCACAUCACACAGUUUUGAGAUUUUAAUUUGGAAUAGAUUUACUGCUCUCAGCUCACAUAACUUAAAAGCAGUGACUUUUUUUUUCUCAGUGUUUAGUCUAUGUUUUAUUUGAUGCAUUUUGUAAUCCAGGUUUAGGACAAAGGAAACAAAAUUAAAAGAACAGUCAGUUUUCCCCUUGGACUGUCCCACCAACUCUACCUUCUGACAUUUGAUGUCUAGAUCUACAUGUAUUUUACAGACAAAUGUCCAUCUUAUAAACUCACACUAAUCAAAGACCUAAUUGGCCUGAUGAACUGUCUGUUCCCAUCUUCUCUUCCCUUCACCCCACGUGUAGUAUAUGUGUCAUUUUCAUGGCCUCUUCCCAACUUCCUGAGUAUCUACCUAUCGUGUGUUUUUCCCCUCAUAGGCCCUCUUCCCCAUCUUCAUUUUCCUCCUUCCCCUGUCCCUCCGAUCCCCAGGCCCAGCCCUCACACACACGCUGUACCCAUUUAGAAGCAAAGCGGUUAGAAUCAAUGGAUGGGGAGCCAAGUGAUCUGCUUUCUCCCUCCAAAGCACUAACACCUAGACUGAAAUGUGGGCUGGGCAGUUUCUUGCUGGUAGCAGCUGAGUUAUCCCUCUGGCAUCUGUACUUUCUCCAGUAAACGAGGAACUGUAACGAAGCGAACCAAAAUAUAGCAGUUAUAUACAGUUCUUGAUUGAACUUGAAUUGCAAAGGAGGAAGUUGUUUCUUUAAUUCUUUAGGAGUUUUGUAUAAUUUUACUUUUAUCAUGGUUUCUACACACACUGAGAUAGCCUUUGUAAAGAAUUAAUAAAAACAGAAAUGAGAAGCAUGCAAGGUUUUCCUCCUGUGACCAAAUCGUAGUGAGGCUCAGUUAGCGUGAUUGUGCCAUAUUACUCACAUUUGUUAACUAUCACUUACCUGUUCUGUGUUAGUCCUUCUGGAAAAAAUCUUCAUGUCAAGAACAAAAAAACGCAGAUAUAUAAUAUCAAAAAAUUGCCAAAGGGUUUUGAUGUUCCAUCUGCGCUUGGUGAAAUGUAUGAUUGAACUUUUCUUUUUAUCAUCA